UCGUCUCCAUGAUCUCAUGAGAGACUUUUGUGUGGAAAAAGCUAAAUUGGAAAACUUUCUCAAUGUCAUCAAUAUUAAUGAUGAGUCCAAUGAAGAAAUAGAAGCUCCCAUUGGUAAAGUUAGAAGAGUUGCUAUCAGUGGUGGAUCAAAUCUCGUUACAGUAUCAAGAUCCCAAAAAUAUUUUCACCUAAGGUCUCUUCUAACAUUCCCUGUGCGUUUGGAAGAUCAGAAGUCUAUGCUAAGGAACAUUGAAUAUCUUAGAGUAUUGAAUUUUUUAAUGAAUCGCAAAGGCGUUGUGAUGGUGGAUUUCCCGGCCCCCGAGAUCAAAAGUCUCAUCCACUUGAGAUUCUUAUCUCUAAGGAAUACCGGUGUAACAAGUAUCCCAUCUCUAGGAAAUUGCUUGCAAACACUAGAUCUGCGGUCGCUAUAUUAUCACGAAGUUAAUGUGCCAAAUAAAGUGUUCAGAAAUAUGGAGCACUUGCAGCAUCUGUUUCUACCUCAGUUAUCCAAAGUUAGGGGGAAGUUGCAACUACCUAAUGUUAGUAAGCUGCAAACACUUGUGAAUAUUAAUCCUGUUUUUAUAUGUGAUGUUAAAGAUCCGACGACUGGAUUUGACAAGUUUGGAAAGAACUUAAUGCCUUCAGAUUUCACAUUCAAUUGUCUUCAUGUUCUUAAGAUCAGCCAAAAUAGUACGGAUAAGAGAGUGGAUAUAACACCAGUGGUAAUGCGUUGUCCUCACAUAUAUCAGCUACGAAUCCUUAAGAAAAUAGAGAAAUUGCCAGAACAUGACAAAAUUUCUCCACAUCUUGUCCAGUUAAAGUUAAAUGAGACUGGUCUUGAGGAAGACCCAAUGUCAACUUUGGAGAAGUUACCUAACUUAAAGAUUCUCCACCUUGCGUCCCAUGCCUACACAGGGAAUAAGAUGAUUUGUUCUGUAAGAGGAUUUCCUCAACUUCAAUCCCUCAUCCUUGUUGAUUUAAAUAACCUAGAGGAGUGGGAGGUGGAGCAAGGAUCCUUGCCUAGACUCUGCCAUUUGAAGAUUUCAAGUUGCUGCAAACUCAGGAUGGUUCCAGAUGGAGUUCAGUUUGUCACUACCCUGCAAAAAUUGGAAAUCAUACGCAUGCCUGAGUCAUUCGCAGAUAGACUUGGCGAAGGAGGACAGGAUUUCUACAAAAUCCGACACCUUGUCAAAGGAGGACAGGAUUAAAGAUUUUACUCAAAGGUGAUCGAUGAUCGAUGAAAAAUGCUCGAGUUUGGAGGUC